AGAAAGAAAUCUUAAGAAACAUACUACUACCUUUUUUUUUUCUCCCCAAGCUUAACUUGCGUGCAAAAAGAGAGGAUAGGUUACUCCCGGUAAAAAUGAAAGGAUGAUAGUGUCUUGUUAUUAUAUUCAAAUCUCAAUUUUCUAAGAUUCCUCUUGGAAUGAAUGCACAUCUUUCUGUGUGUACUGUGUAGUCUCAAGAUGAUCCACUUUAAACAUUUUUUCUUUUUGCCCUCGCCAUUCUUAUUGGCAGAACAACUCACAUAUAGAGAAUAAAGUUUUUAAAUUUUUUUUUUUUACUUUGCCAUACCAUCUGCCUGUUGUGGGCAAAUUUGGAUGUUUGUGAUCUAAAUUUCUUUGUAUCAGUUGUUGAAUUUGACAAGGACCCACCAACCUUUUUUGAUUCAUAAUCUGCUAAUUGUAUCAUCUCAUCUCCAUAGUGCACCAAUGGCCACCGCACCACCACCCUUUCUAUCUAUUGAAGAAUAAUACAUAAAAAAGUAACCAAAAAUAUGUCCCAUUUAUACACCUCUCUCUCUCUCCCCUCCCCCCAUUGCCUCCAAAUCUCCUUAUCCCGCCCCCCUCUUUCUCACACACACACAAACAAACCAUCCCAAGGGAGAAAUAGUUCAUUUCAUUUCAGAUACUGAACCAGAUAUCGUGGAGGUAGCUUAAUUACAAUAAUGAAUGGUUACCAGCAGCAAAAAACCACGGAGCAAGUCGUAGACAGAAAGCAUGGAGAAGGCAAGUUAAAACAAGAACCAAAAGAAGGGUCAGCAGAUAAGCAAUCUCCUCCUGCUUCACCUCCUUCAGCAGCUUCCUCUCCUUCCCAUGAAUUCUCCUUCACUGUUGUCUCUCUCCACUCUUCGUCUAACAGUGUCCCUGGUAAAACCAAAACCCCACCUUCAAUGGCCAUCGAUUUGUCUCCUGCAGAUGACAUUUUCUUUCAUGGUCAUUUGCUCCCUCUCCACCUCCUUUCCCACCUCCCAGUCUCUCCACGUUGCUCUACAAAUUCAUUGGAUGGCUUCAACGGUCCCGUAACAGAUGAACCAAAACCUGAUAAACCCAACACCGGGUGCAAAAGCAAAAGCGACAGCAAUAUCAGAAGCAGCAACAAGAACCGUGGCAAAGUCGGGAAUCGUCCUCAAAGCUACAACAUCGAAGCCAACGGAAGGCCAAAGUCCAAGUCUUUCACGUUAUUCGGGUUACCAAGGUGGCACCACAAAGGGCGUGGCGUUAGAGAAACAGAAGAGAAAGAGAAGCACAAGACAAAGAUGAGAUUCGAUUUGAGACAUGUUUUGAAGAGGUACGUGAGGAUGGUUCGGCCAUUGUUGUUCUUCAGAGGAAGGAGAGAUAACUGGCAUCUCCAGAGGCAAUCUCACUCGUUUUCAGGCAAUUUAAGUUGGAAGAACAAAGAGAAAGAGUUGAGAUCAAGGAAAGGAAGAGGAGAGUAUUAUUCAGCUCCGGCUUCAAUGAGGACAUCGCCUACAAACAGUGGUCUUCUUGUUGCAACCACAGGUUUCCCUUCUUCAACCAGUGACAGCACCAUGGAAGAGUUGCAGGCUGCAAUUCAAGCUGCAAUUGCUCAUUGCAAGAAUUCCAUUCAAGGGGAAGACAAAUUUAAAUGCUAGGCAUAAUUUUGAUUUUCUUCUGUUCAUAUGUUUAUUCAACUUCUAUCAAUUUAUAUAUAUAGUUAUAUAUUAUCCUGUGUAUAAAAUGGUACAAUAUAAAGGAGUAUGAGAUGAUUGCUUUAAUGAAUUUCUCCAUCUUAAAAUGAAA